UUGCCAACAAAUAGAAAUCAUUUAUUGUUUAGUGAAAUUAAAGAAUUUAAAAAGAAAAAAUUUGAUUGGCCAAAGAAAGAUGCAAUGUCAUUAUAUCAAAGAUUAUGUAAAUCUGAAGAAGAGAUUCUUGAAGAAUUAGAAUCUGAUUCUGAUUCAGAUGAAUCUGAAAAUGAAUAA